AUGGCUGAUGACAAGGAUAGGAGCAAGAAAGAAGGGCAAGAAAAAGUGCCUAAGAGCUUGUCUCUAGUGUUCCCAGGAUUUGAGUUCAAGUUUCCUCAAAUAUUUAAUAUUCUAGCUCCCAAAGAUAAGGUUGAUGCUAUUAAAGUGGAAGAGACAGAAAAGAUUACAAGUAAGAUGCCGGCUGAUGUUGUAAAGUUUACUGAUCCUAUCCCACUAGCCCCUCCUCCAUUGAAGGUUGAAGUUGAAGAGCCUGAAAUUAAGAAUCCCUUGAUCGUUUUACCAGUAAGUAUUUCGAUUGUUGUUUUUUAG